UAUGUACGCCCUACUGGCAGCGAUCUAAACCAAGUAACCGUUACGCCUGUGGGUUUCCGUCCGCGGACUAUCUUCUGUCGCGCCGCGCUGCUGCUCCUAUACCUCUAUGGUCUGACCUUCGUGUCCGGUUCAUGAUGCAGGGUCACUGCUAGGAGCAGAGUGUUCUGUUCCAGUGACUGACGGGUGUACGGGGAACUAUUUCGUCUCGGCGGAGGAAUCGAUUUGUGUACACACAGCGGCGGCAGAUUUGAAUCUGGUCCUGGAGAGAAGGAAAAAUCAUUGAGACUUGCUAUGGCACCCCAGCGGCACACACCCCUGAGGACUAAUUCAGCAAUUGGAAGUUUGCAGUUAGCUUAAUUGAUAAUUACUCAUCUUCUGAAGCUGUGUCGGAGGCCGGGUAUUCUGCAGCAACGGUGAACGGGUAAUGGCCACUAGGAAAGUCCUGCAAGAGAUCCCCGUCUUGGUUCCAGAGGAUGAGCAGCAAUCAUUUCAGGUAGUAACAGAAGAGGAGACACCUGCUUUGUAUAACAAGCAGAUCUCUCCAGACCGGCUGCAUGACAAAUACAUCAGCAAUGACGAAUCCAAAGAAAAUAUCGCUCCGGCUGAGUUUGAAAAUAUUACUCAGGAGGAGAAGCGUGAAGUGACUGUGCCAGGGAAGACCAGCAUCAGCAAUGUAUGUGAUGCAUCGACUGAUAUUACUGACCCGUGUGCAUCAGCUGCUCUAGGAAACCAUUCUGUGGUUUCUGUGUCUUUGCAGCAAGAAAGUGACGCUACUACUGGAAUCGCAGCUGGAGAUGGCACUUUCCUCACACCCAGGAGAGACAGUGAGAUGUCCGAUCAGCUGGAAGCCUGUACUACACCAAUAGAUUUCUCUAUAGUCACUGUGGAUGACCUGGGGAUAUCUAGUGAAAGCCUUCUAAAGUAUGCAGGAAAAUCCCCCAGAUCUCUGAGAAAAUACCGUCGCAGAUCCACAAUCGGUGUCCGUGGUUCACCGGAAAUGAACUUCCUGAUCCGGCAGAUUGCACUUCAGAAAAGCCUUAAGAAGAGUGACCCUGACCCCCUGGCAAACCCCUUCACAUCUCCGCGGAAUUCUGUGCUCCGAGACAAAAUCUCUGCAUUUCGAAAUGUGUUUCAGGCAGUUGAGGAGAGAGAAGAAAAAAUACCCUUCCCAGGGUUCUCAGAGAGGGAAGAAAAUGCAAACGCAAAGGGAGAAAUUUCUGAGCCUCCACUGAAAAGGAAGAGAAUAUGUGGUAUUACCGUUCCUGAGACCUCAAGUAUAUCUGAUACAAAGCAUACAUCGCUGUUCCCCUCACAGCCACUGGAGAACACCCAGAAAUUCCAUCAGACUUAUGUGCCAGAGAAGAUCUCUGAAACAGACGGUUCUUUGACUUCAGAAUUGAUGACUGAUGUCUCCGGCAAGUUAGCAGAGGGGCAGACUGCCGAAGUCCCCGCCAUACCGAGGUCUACGAGAUGCCAGAAGAAGAAAGUGAUGUUUGCCAAUCUCCUGAGUCCUCCUCAGUCUGACAGCAUUCUGUACCAGGACCAUCCCCAGAGAUCAGCCAACCCACACCUUCGUCCUGUACUGAAAAAGACCCCCCGGAGAGAUUUCAGGUAUGGCGAUAUAGAAGAGAGCAGCAUAUUCUUUUCAUUACAAGAAUCCUCCGAUAAUGAGUUAGAGGAAAAUGUACACGUAAAAAAAACAGGUAUUGACUCAGUGAAGGAGAAGAAGAGGGUGACAUUUGGAAGACAUUUGAGUCCAGAGGUGUUUGACAGGAUGCUGCCAGCAAACACUCCUCUACGUCGAGGAAGUACGCCAUGCAGUCACCGCAGAUCAGAUAGUGGCACUGCAGCUGCGCAGGGAGAAGGUGCGCACAGUCCAUAUCAGCCAUUGCUACAGCCAGACUUUGAUGACCAAGAUGAGGAGGAGGCUCUUCAGCCGCUGUCACUUUGCUUUGAAGCGGAGACCCCAAGCAACGACUCUCCUGUAUCCUCGUCCUUGCCAGGGCACAACAAUGGCAUGAUGGUAGUGGAAGAUGUGACGGAUGGAAUUGCCUUAAUUGUGGAGGAUAAGCCGUUUUCUAAUGAUUCUGCAGAGGAGAUCAAUACAACUGUCUCUGCAUCAGACACAGAUACAGCAAAUGAAACGUUCAUCGCUCCAGAGCUGGAUUUUGUACCUGCUGCUAGGGAAAUCAUUCGUUCCUCCAAAAGGAAGAAGCCCUUCAUUUCUAUGGAAACCACUUCUAGUACGAGCUCAAAAACAGACGCCAGCAAGAUGCCAGUGACUGCAAAAGACAGAAACACUUCCAAAAAGAGCAGGAAGCCUGUAAUUGCCAAAAAAGCCCAGAUUAAAUCCUCCCGAGGAAAAGGCAAGAAGGGCCGAGGGAAACCCAAGAAGUCCGUCCAACAGAAACCUUUCUAUGGGGAACGAGAAACGGUCUCCAAAAAGCCGCUGCUGAGUCCAAUCCCAGAGCUGCCAGAGUAUAUAUCCACAACCCCUGUAAUCACACUAGGUGAAGCUUCAAGUAAACCAUUGGAGAAGAAGGUCUCAAAGACCAGAGGUCUACGGAAGAAAAGUAAAGGCCAACCAAAUAACAAUGGCCUUUCACAAGAGGACUCAGAUCAUGUGGUUUGGAAUAUUGGAGAAGAGGAUACUGAAAAAUUAACAAACUGUGUUGUAGAGCCCAAUCAGGUGGCAGAUAUAUUAAAGGGUUCCGGCCACAAGGACUUAAAAGUCAAAGAAACUGAAUCACCUACAAAGAAUCAUGAUCCAAUAUCUCAAGGUAUUUUAGAUUUGGUCCAGCAGUCUGAUAUUGCAAACAAUGGAUGCCCUCCGUCUUCUGCUGACAUAGAAAUGAAAGACAAGUUAAGCAAGUUUGCUCUUGUUACUUGUGGCCUUGACACAAUGACUGAAGAUAAGACCACAAACAGUACCACGCGUGUUGUGAAGUCGCGUUCCAAGAGGCAUUUCACUUCACAGAAACGUGAGUCGAAAAGCACUUCAGGAGAGGAACAUUCUGAAAUUGCAGAAAUGUCUUCAUCAGGGAGUGUAAAGCAAGAAGACCAUGCUGACCACGGCUAUACGAGUUCAAAGGCUAACAUUGAUGACCCAAAUCAGGAGACAAAUUUACUUGUUCUGUCUCCCAAGUUAAAUCUGUUCUCCACAGAAGAAAGAAUUGACACAUCUACCUCUAUCGUACCUAAUGAUAAAAAAUCUAGGUCUUCAAGAAACAGCCGCAGAUCCACCAUCUUUUGUGUAAGUACCGAACUGAGUGCACCAAGUGAGAACCUUUCCGCUGUGCAGCCACAUCUUGUUAAUGAUCCAGCCUCCUGCACGAAUGAGCCCUACCUUUCCAUUGAUGAGGUUCUACAGUCCACGCAAAGAGAAAAGAAGGUUAGACGCAGCAUGCGGCUGCGCAGAGAUUCUGGCGUUGGAUUGUCCUGGGUGCAGGAGAAUGUGAGCAGUGAGGUGACUGGAAGGAGGAAGUCCUUAAGUUCUGUGGUGAAGCGUGCCGAAAGCCCCAAAUUGCUGCUGGAAAACUUUGUUCUUAACCCUAACAAGGAAAACCUGAGCAGCCAACAGAUUCCUAUUUCAGCCAAGAAAAGUAGGAGAAGAACACUGGGUACCACCACCCUACAAGAAAGUACAGUGCUCUUUGACACAAAGCGAAGGAGAUCAAACAGCAGCAUUCCUCCUGCUGGAGCGCUGACCAGCCAUAAUGCCACUUCUGCAGAUACAUAGAAAGUGCAUUUUGUCCUGUGGAUUUAAGACCGGUUGUGGAAAGAGUACCUGACGGUAAUUACAGAUUUCUUGUGGAAUAUGGACUUGUACUUGAAACUCUAACCAAUAUCUGGGACUUCUGACUGGAUACUCAGCAUUUUGAAUGUGGUUUGAAUAUCUGGUCUCAAGUUAUCUAAUAAAUUAGAACCCAUUCAGAAGUACACUGAUUUCUAAAAGACUUUGGUUCCUUGUUGCUAAUUUUUUUUUUUUUUCCAAAUUUCUCCAGAAUAAAUUGUUAAAUUUAGCUCCAGACAUUGUAUGUUUUGUUACCUGUUCACAUCCUCUGUUCUUUGUUUUUCUUUUGCUAUAAGCAAAAUUUCAAAGAGUUCUAAGCUGUGCUCUUGUAAAGUUAUAUUUUUGUCCGUUUUAGCAGUCUUGUGUGUUUCUACAAAUUCUUUAUUAAAUGUUUUGUCUUUUAAA